CACCUACAUGAUGUAAUGAUGAUAAUGAACUGACGCUGACCAUGUACUGCUGUGGGCUACUUGUGUACUAUUAGAAACAAUAUUAAAGCGAUGAAAAUAUAUAUUAUCAAAUAAAAUGAUUUUACUUAUUUUAAGGAAAUAGUGAAAACGAAAGGGUUUGAUAAAUGCUUGCAGUAGGCGAAAUUUUAUGAAUAGAGUUAUGAACAAACUGUUUCAGAAAGCAAAAUUGGCCGUGAAAUUUCACAGAGCAGGUGAAGGACAUACCUUGAAUGAAAGCUCCACAUCGUCAAAACAGAAUCGACCGGAUCCUUCUGUACAAGAGCGACAGGAACCGAGCUCAGAUGCUCGAAAAGCCGGACAGGCUGCCAUCGCACGGUUUCAGCAGCAAGACAAACAGACCAGACGACCCCAGUCGGCAACAACAACCUGGAAAUCACAAACAAAUCAACUUAAAAAUCAUGUUCGAAAUGAAAUGAAAAAUGAAAUUUUGUGCACGUCAUCAAGCAAAACUGAAAAGGAGGUCAUCAAGAAAGAUGCUGCUGCAGUCCUUGCAGUCAGCGGUGUUUACUUUGUUUGUCCAUUUUGCUUUGCGAGUUAUCCCAGGCAACAUAUACGUGCACAUAUGGCAGAAUGUCUUGGAAAGGCUUAUAAAACUGAUCCAACUCUCACUCCAGUAAAUAUGAUAAAAUCUCUGAAUAGAGAUCAGAGAAAGAUUGAUGCAUGUAUUGACGUAUUGUGCAGAUAUCUGGACAAUAUUUUAAAGAAUCCCGGUGAAGAAAAGUAUCGGCGAAUCAAGCAAGGAAAUAAGAUAUUUCAAGAAAAAGUGAAGCCUGUUAUUGGCAGCACAGAAUUCCUCCUCAGUUGUGGUUUUACAGAGAAACCAUUGCCUGAUGACCCCAAUGAGAUGUGUUUCCAGCUUGAGGGUGAUUCCACUCUUGUUGUGGAAAAACUAACUGUAAUGAAGGACAUUCUUGUCGCAUGUGAGGCCAACAGACCGAAAUUAGACAGAUCACUGAAGAUUCUUCGACCUAUUGCCUCCUCUGACGAAGCUUUGGACCUUCCUGACGACUUUUUUGAUUUGACCACGGAUGAAAUAAAACGCAUGCAAACGGAAAGGUCAGAUGAGGUAGAAAGAAAUGCACAGUUGAGAACUCGUGCUAUGAGAGAACGCGAGGCUACAACUCGUGUUUAUCGUUUCACAUUACUUCGUGUAAAGUUUCCUGACGGUUUCAUACUGCAAGGAACAUUUCACGCACGCGAGAAAGCUUCCAGCUUGAAGAUGUUCGUGAAAGAACAACUGCAAACUGAUUGGAUGCCUUUCAUCUUAUCUGAGCCCGGUGGUGGUCAGCUGACGCAGGAUGAGUCGAGCUUUGAAGAGCUGGGAUUGGUUCCAGCUGCAAUCCUUCAUUUCAACUGGGAUCCAACAAUACUGUCUGAUGUACAAGCAAGCGGUUCCUCCAUAUCGUCAUCAUAUUUAAAAUCUGAACUUCUCAAUGCAUUAGAAAUGUGACGUAUUUCUUCUGUAAAUUAUUGCUAAUGUUUGAAAUUUUUACAGCAUUGCUCAGCAGCAUAAAACCCAGUGGUGUAACCAGCCAGCCCGCAAAUUUCAUUGUGCUAUGCAAAUAUUUAAUAUUAAUCCUAACAUGGUUUUUAUAUGCCCAUGAGAAAUAUGUGACUUGGACGAGAUUUGAACUCGCACCUUCGGGAUACUUGUCUGCCGCUCUACCUGUUGAGCUACCAAGCCCUCAGGGGUUGGAGACGAGUCAAAUCUCUUCUUUUAAAAUGCGUAGAAAGUUUAGAUGUUCACUCAUUGUAAAAACAAUAGAUUUCUAAAGAAACACUAAUGAUAUGAAAUUACAUAGCACAACCAAAUACGCAGGCUGGCUACGUCACUAACUAAAACAAGAGCAUAUCAUGUAGAUAAAGUAUGUUGCUUCUACAAAUGUCAAUUUCUCUGAUAAAACUACAUGAAAUUAUCUUGUAUUUAA